CGGCCACCUCCCCACUCCAGCACAGGAACAAAACAUACCACCAUCACUCCUCCCCCACUGCACUCUCCAGAUCCACACUCCACUCGCCGCGGCAUGGGCACGCUCUCCUCCCUCGCCGUUCUCGCGGCGCUCCUCUCCUUCGCGGCCGUCGGUGGCGCCGUCGACGCCGCCGUGGAGUACGACACCAGCACCGACCUGGCCACCGCCGGCGCCGACUGGAACGCCAGCGACGCCACCAAGUACUGGGGCCCCUGGACGCCGGCGAGGGCGACGUGGUACGGCCAGCCCGAAGGCGCCGGCCCCGACGACAACGGCGGCGCCUGCGGCUUCAAGCACGUGAACCGCUACCCGUUCAUGUCCAUGGGCUCCUGCGGCAACCAGCCGCUGUUCAAGGACGGCAAGGGAUGCGGCUCAUGCUACAAGAUCAGAUGCAGGAAGGACCAGUCGUGCUCCGGGCGGACGGAGACGGUGAUCAUCACGGACAUGAACUACUACCCGGUGGCGCCCUUCCACUUCGACCUCAGCGGCACCGCCUUCGGCCGGCUCGCCAAGCCAGGCCUCAACGACAAGCUCCGCCACUCCGGCAUCAUCGACAUCGAGUUCACCAGGGUGCCGUGCGAGUUCCCGGGGCUCAAGAUCGGCUUCCACGUGGAGGAGUACUCCAACCCCGUCUACUUCGCGGUGCUGGUGGAGUACGAGGACGGCGACGGCGACGUGGUGCAGGUCGACCUCAUGGAGUCGCGGGGCCCCGGCGGCGGGCGCUGGACGCGGAUGCGCGAGUCCUGGGGUUCCAUCUGGCGCCUCGACUCCAACCACAGGCUCCAGGCGCCAUUCUCCAUCCGCAUCCGCAACGAGUCCGGCAAGACGCUCGUCGCCAACAAGGUCAUCCCGGCCAACUGGAGGCCCAACACCUUCUACCGCUCCUUCGUCCAGUACAGCUAGCCGCUUCGUCGGCCAGCCGCGAUGCUCGUUGGGAGUAUACUAGUAAUGCUACAGUAUGCAGCUAGCUGUCAAGUCAUCGGAGAGUCAUUGCGUUGCGUGAGUUAACUGUAUCGUGUUUGGGAGUGUGGUGUCGGUGCGUCUUUCUAGGUGAGGCGUCGUCUCUCUCGAGAGAGAGCAUCCGGAGUUUGGUUGGGUGCGCGUCCAUGGAGCUCGGUCUGUCUCCAUGGAAGCAAUGGAUCGUGUAUUGGGGAAGAGGGCUGCGUGGGAAAAUGGAGGAGGCAAGCGUACAAGAUACGCUCUCCCGCCCACUCUCGCUCUAUAAUUUAUAAUUUAAGGCGGUGAUAUUAUUAAUUAAA